GUUAUAAAUAUGCAUGGGAUCUUUGCUAAUUGUGUCCUGGCAGCACUGCUGCUGGCUGGAGCCUUGGCAGAUCACCACCACCACCGCCACAACCAUGGCUCUGGAAACAGCCAUGAGGGCAAGAUGAGCUGCCACAAGCUGUCCCGUCCCAAUGCUGACUUUGCUUUUGCCCUGUACAGAAACCUGAAUGCCAAGACUGAUGCUGGAAAGAACAUCUUUUACUCACCACUGGGUAUCUCCACUGCCCUGUCUAUGGUGUCUACAGGGGCUGGUGGUGACACCCACAGCCAGCUGUUCUCCAUUUUGGGCUAUGGCGCCUUAAACCAGAGUCAGGUCAAUGAAGGCUAUGAGAAUCUUUUCCACAUGCUUGGCCACAGCCAGGAGAACCAGAAACUGGAUGUUGGUAACGCUGUUGCAUUACGCGCUGGUUUCAAUCCUUUGGAGAGUUUCUUGAAAGAAAUCAAACAUUACUACUCCGGCGAUAUCUUCAAUGUUGACUUAGCCAAACCUGCUGAGGCUGUAGCCGAGAUCAAUGCGUACAUUAGUAAUAAAACCCAUGACAGAAUCAAAGAUAUGGUGAAGGACUUGGACAAGGACAUGGUUAUGAUGCUCAUUAACUAUGUCUACUUUAAAGGAGAAUGGGAGAAGCCCUUCAACAAAGACGUAACACACAAGGCAGACUUCCACGUGGAUGACACCACCAAAGUUCAGGUGGACAUGAUGAAAAGAACAGGAUACUACAACAUCUACCAUGAUGCUGACAACCACACUACCAUCAUCAUGCUGCCGUACAAAGGAACCACCUCCAUGAUGAUUGUUCUGCCUGAUGAAGGCAAGAUGAAGGAGGUGGAGGGAUUCAUCAGCAAGGAACACCUCAGGCACUGGCGAAACUCAGUCUCUGAGGAGUAUAUUGACUUGUAUUUGCCAAAAUUUUCCAUCUCUGUUUGUGCCUGCCUGAGAGACACAUUGAAAGAAUUGGGCAUAACCAAUGCCUUUGAGGACAAUGCUGAUUUCUCUGGGAUAUCGAAUGAGACCAAGAGCAAAGUCUCAAAGGUUUCCCACAGGACUUCGCUGAGUGUCACCGAGAUGGGAACAGAGGCAGCAGCCAUCAGCAUCGCUGAACUGAUCUAUCUGAUGUUGCCGCCAUCAGUCACAAUUGACCGGCCCUUCUUGGUUUUUAUCAUGGAGAGGUCCACUAGGAGCAUCCUCUUCAUGGGCAAGAUCAGUAACCCUACACUCAUGUAAACAUGUACACUAGCGAAAUGAGAAUCGCGAUCAACAGUGUCGCUACGACAAUCCUAUACUGAUGCUGUAGUAGUUGUAUAUUUACUUGUACGUGUGUAUCUUUGCAGGACUGUCUACAAAAAUACUACUGAAGAAUACUUUCCAUGAAAUGUUUCAGUGUGUUUUCAUGUCAGCAUUUACUAAAGAUAAUACAGGGGCAUCCUUGCAGCAUGAAAUAGACAAAAAAAGGGGGCAUCAAACACAAAAUCGAUUAACUAAACAUAUAUAAGUAUGAAUAAAUGCUUUUUCUCAAUUUGGUCAUCAACUACAUUCAUUUUGUAGUAUUAUCUAGCAGCUAAGUCCCUGCAGUUUAACAGUUAAGUUUUGACUGGUGUUACAACAGAGGUUGUGUAACCUGAUGGCCAUCAGCCUCACAUGACUCUUCGCCCUUUGACAAGUCAACACAAGAGUUGCUGUAGAGUAUUUAUGUUACACUCGUAAUAACAGAUGCAUCUGACUUUUGUGUAACAGACUUUAUUCUGUAAUCACAGAAAAUAACAGUUUUGUGUCAGUAGUGGUUUCUCUGCUUGACCAACAGCAGACAGCUUGGCUGAACUGAGCUUCUUCUUUACUUAUUACUAAGCUGACGAUCCUUUAGUAAUUCCACAGUGAUUUACACAUCUCUGUUACAUUUUGUUUUCAAACAGAAAUACAUGGAAAACAAUGAACUUGGCAAAUACCAAUAAAUUCACAACUUCA